GUUGUACACUUGGGCAGUACACGAUAUGUUCAGUGCCUGAGAUCACAUUCAUUUCACCACUCGCCAUGACUUUCUUUCACUAGUUCAAGGUCCAACCAUCAUUCGCUUGCUGAGAGGCGCAAAGAAAGUGGAGGAAACAGAAUCGCAUGGCCCAUCAGCAGCAAAUCUGACGUUUCAGCUCACGUUUCUCAACCCUUUACACCCCAUCCUAUGCCAUAAGAUCGGACAACCGUCGUACGUGUCUGGCAUGAGCUUCCAUGUAAAUCAUUCGUCCUCACCUUCAUUCCUCCUCCGCAGGCCGGACGGGACGUCACGCAGUGCGACAUGCCUUUUCCGAACCCGUUCACUCAUGCUCCUCGUCUACCAUCGUCUCGAAAGCGCAGCGAUCACUCUCCACCCGCCUCCCGCUCGCCCAGCCGAACACAAGCCCGGGACUUUGACCCUCUAAUCAGAGAUCUCUCACCUUCGGCCACUCUUCGCGCUUUCACGGCAGACCCUUCGGACUUGGCUGCAGUCUCGACCGAUAUACUUGCCACGAGCGUCCAAUCUGCAUCAUACGCUGAGCGCGCCCUGGGUGCUCGAGCGGCUCAGGCAGCUCUCGAUCUACGCACUUGGGUACAAGAGAUUGAGAGGUGGCAAUGGCCUGGAACGUUUGACGCAUUACGGAGGACUUCGACCAAGCACGGACGGUCAUCUCAGGAUAACGGCGACCCCUCUAUUCUAGAAGAUGGAGUUGAAGAAUAUUGGGGCAGUUUACCUGCCGGUUUGGUCCGCGAUUAUGAGACCCGUGCUGAUGAGAUAAGCCGGCAAUUGGACGAGAUAGACGUGGAAGAACUCAAGGAAUAUGUUCUUGUGUCACAUUAUCGAGCUGGCUCAAGACCUCUAUCAUCGGUGAACGAGGCCGAUGACCCGAGCGCAUCUGCUGACCUCAAAGAGCUGGACGAUUACACAGCUGUGGUGACAGCGACCAUCUUGCAGGCGCUGCCGUACCUUUCUCGCCUUGGACGACUAUUGGACACAUGGACCGUUCGCUUGAUCAUCUUGAGAAGCGCGCCGGGUUUCAUCAGGGAUUUAAAGCGCGCUCGCACUUCACUGGAUCAGGGUUGGGCCAAGAUUGCCAUGUCUCCAGGCUCGAUACAGACCACCAACAGUGUGACAUUCGAGCGAUCGACGAUGCUUGAGUUGAGAUAUGUGAUCGAGCAACAAGUCGGCAGUCUCGGAAGGAGGUUGGAUCGAUUCCUCGAUGAUCUGGAGGGUAGGGACGAUAUGGUUCCGGACUCGUGGAUCGACGAUUUCGAACUAUUGGAGUCUGCCUACAGUGCGUGGGUAGUGCAAGCGGAGCGCAAAGUGCAAGAGAUGGAAUGGCGAGAGCAGAAGGCGCAGAGUGGACUGGCAUCGAUUCGCGAGAUCGAAAGCCCAGUGAUCGUAUUCAAACCUGAAGCGGAAGACACGUCAUUGGUGGAGACGCCUGUAUUGAAUGACUCUUCUCUACAAACCACUGCACCCACGAUCUCUGUACACGAGGCAAUGCAGACCCUUGCAGGGCCACUCAACUCAAAUCCACCAGAUCUCGCUUCCGAGAAUGAGAGAGCACGAAAUGCACCGACUGAUCCGAUCACCUCGAUACCAGCGAUGACUUCUCAAGAGAGCAAUGGAAGUGUCCGAACGUAUUCAUCCACUCGCGAAAGCUCUCCCAGCGUCUUGGAGCAAAGCUAUGGGAUUUCUCGACGGUCCUCUGAACGAUCGAGCAGGAACAUAACACCAACUUCGAGCGCUGCAUCUAAGCUAGAUAUUCCUGAUCAGACAGUCAAAAAGCGAGCCGCCUUUCUUAAUGACAUCGAGCGAACAAAUUCUCUGAAGCAAUCAAAGAGCCCCGUUCGGCCAUUUGAACAUGCCAGCAAUGCUUUCACGCGCCUCUUUAAGAAGGAGCGUGCUGCAGAAGUUUUGCGGCCGAUACGCAGACCGCUGAACGUUCGCUCUGUCUCUGACGGUACUGAAGAUGGUGACGGCUCGCCUGGUUCUGCCACUCUGUCUCCUGUGGCCGACGUUGCAAACAAGUUCAACGCAAUGUACCUCGAGAAUCUGAAUGCCACGAUCGGCUCUCAACGCACGCCAAAAGAUGAGAUUUCCAAUCCGCUCAGCCGAUCCGUCUCGAACCGCUCGACUUCGUUAUCACGAGAAAAUAGCCCAGCUCCGUUGACGAAAAAGCCUAGAGAGAACGCAAUCGGCGUCGCUAUCGCAGAACCUCCGACCGCUCCGCGUGCGGUGACAGAAGUCAGGCCAUCUGUCGAUUCAUCUCCUGGUAAAGAAGAUUUUCCAAGCAAUUGGCCAUUGGCGGCAGAUGUACAAAAUGAGCCGUCAACUGCGGCUACCCGAUCGCAUCAAGACUCUGCGAAAACCGACUUGCGCCUAUCAAGGGUACCGAUGCUCACAGACGCAUUUGAUCGAGUCAUAAUCCAGGACAUGCCCGGUGACAAAACGCACGAAGCAGAAGACGUGGCAUUUAUUAACGAAGCCAUGCCGCUUGGCGAACACCGCUAUUUUGUGCCCGCUGAUGAGCAGCAGGCCAGUACUCCAGAUCCUUUGAGGCCGGAUGAUGAUGAAUCGCUGUGGCACACGACUCCCGUGCGGCCGCCUUCACGUACUCGCACGAACAGUGGCCACAGCGCUCGAAGUAACGUUUCGAACGCUCAGCGCAUGAGAAGCGGAGAACAGAGCGAUCUUUCCGAUAGUGCGGCGAAUGGAACUCAGCAUAGCAGCAGGACAGCCAGUUUGGCAAGUGCUGCCAUCUCGCCUCCACAGCCUUCGCCACGACCUGUUUCCACUGUGGUGGAGGAUGAGGCGGAAGAUGAGGCGGACGACGAUUCUGACGGGGCACCAUCCUCGCCGAUUGAGAUUGUCGACGUACAGAGUGUCAGCUACCUUCAUGUGAGCCCGUCCAAAGGAAAUCACAAGCUCCGACCUCCGUCCGUCGAGCCUGUCAUCUCAGCUCAGCGUUCAUUAUCGGAUCCCGCCGUCUCGCCACAAGUGGCACGGCUUGAGCCCCCCGCCUUUCUAGAGAAACUGGAAAUCGCCACUUCCAACACAGAGGGGCCUGCAUUGGUCAAACGAGCUUCUGUGGCAUCGAUCGAGGCGUUUUCGCGAGGCGAUGUCCGCAGCGUGGACGUGUCAAAGCUUUCUCGACGCAGUAGCACUAGCUCGCCAUUAGCUUCUCCUCCUGAAACUCCGAUUGUUGCAAGGUCUCCGCCAGAUCAGCUUGGUGGUCGCACGUAUUUUACAUCACAGGCCGCGGGAAAUGCUGAACCGGAAUUGCCAUCGCUACCGAUGCAAGAUGUGACUGGGCUCUUGCCAUUGUCAAGAUCAAGCAGCAGAGAAGUGACGCACGGAAACAUGUUCAAUGCCGCGCCUGUCCGAGAUGAGGAAUCAUCGCCGACAACACCACAGCACACGCCUGGCCCGCUCAAUGCCGUCAUGACAAAGCGGCAAGGGAAGGGUAUAAUCUCAGAUGAGAAUCUGCGUCCGACAGCAAUACAGACAUACGUCCCAAAGCACUCUUCUUCGGUAGAGGACAGCUUCGACCGGCAUGUAUCGGAGGUUCUGGAGCGGCUUCCAUCUGGUAUCAAGUUCAAACCACGUCCCGGUGCCGAGACGCCGGUGUCUCGGUCCAACGAAACGCGAAUGUACCCUGCAUCACGACAAAAGGGUGCUCGAACGCCCUCGCGCGCAAGCAACAUGACGAUUGUACCCGCAGAGCAGUCGCCGAAGAAACCCAGCUCCGCGACAGAACCGGUCGUUAAGCUCUACCAUCUGACACAAGCUGGCCGGGAAGAGCCCAUCAAGCUCUACGUGCGACUUGUAGGGGAGAAUGAGCGAGUCAUGGUCCGUGUUGGUGGCGGCUGGGCCGAUCUCGCAGAGUAUCUGCGCCAAUACGCUGAGCAUCACGGUAGCCGGACUGUCUCCGAUGGCAAUGCUAUUGAAGUGCUGCAGACUGUAAAUGGCGCUUCUGGCCAACGUAAACUUAGUGGGUCUACAGCCAGGAGCCCGUACAGUCCCAGCCCUGUUUCCACUCCCAAUCGACCCACCAGCAAAGAUGGUCCGCAAAGUCGACUUAAUGCCACUGGCACGGGAGGCGACUGGUCAUCGGACGAGACCCGAGUGGAUGAGACAGCUGCGACAGCUGCGACCUCCACUCCAGCUACCAUGCACAUCACGCCGCAUCGCAAUGCCAUGACACCCACCUUCAUCACCCCUCGUGGCUCCCGUCCUUCCACUGCCGACGCCCAACACACCGCCCUCACCGCAGCCACCCGGCCUUCCAGCCGCCUCAGCAACAACGACAGUCCGAACGUCCCAUACGGCAGCGGUCGCAAAACAGAAAUCUCCUCGGAGCACAAGGCUAAAUGGGUCGAAGGCAUGCUCGAGCGUGCCAAACGUGCCGGCGGCGGCGGUGGUGGCGGCAGUGUGGCGAUCGAGAAAUCAUCAAUGUCGCAAGACGAUGACGCGCAGGCUGCCGCUACGUCCGCUGGUCGUGACCGUGAGCGCUAUUUUGGCGAGUUGGGCAAGGCAGGUACCACACGUCGAGUCAUCUUCCGCUCGGCAUCGGCGAGCAGUGGCUCAGUGCCUCCAGCGACGGCAGCGGCUGCUACUGCUGCUGCUGUUGCUGCUGCAAAUGGAGCGGGCAACAAGGCGAAGUGAUCGCUCGAUUAGUCACUGGCCGUUCUUUGUUUUCUUUUUUCGUUCUCAUUCCUUGCUGGGAGAGGCUCCCACCUCUGUCCUUUCAGGCACCAUACGUGUCGUUGUUUUGUUUCAUUUUCUCGUUUUUGACAUUGGCUCUUGCACUGGACUCUACACGCAUGCGAAGCGCUCUGCUCUUGUGUAAGAUGAUGGUGGUGGUUGGUUUCUAGACUUUGGCGCAUUGGAGUACCUUGUACAAUGGCAAAAUCAAGGAGGUCGAUUAUUUUGGAGGCGCUUCCAACGCCCUCUUGUGUUGUUUUGUAUGAUCAGAGAUCGGAUGGACAGGAAAUUGUGGGACUCACUGCUAGGGAAAUGCACAAGCUGAAUGAGUGAACCAAUGCCAUUCUCUAUUUCACGUGUGUCC